CAGCCACAGCCUGAAGAUCUUGCAAAGUUUGGCAUCAAAGCACGAGACUUUGCCUAUGAAAGCAAGCUACCCCCAAUCCCACCCUUCCGCCGCAAGCCACCGCAGUCAGGUCUGAUGAGAUCUCCUAAACGUCUGCGUCGAUUUGGUGAAGAGGAUGUUGAUAAUGAGGAUGUUUUCUCGGCUGGCAAGAAACCAAAGUUGCAGAGGGUGGAUACAGAGCCGGUCAUUGAAGAGCCGCCUAGCCAACGAAUGCCUGCUUACUCCGAUAUCACAAAGCUGCCACCGUUACUCUUACCGUCUUCACAGCCUCCCAUUUAUGACUCACAAGAGUCGGAGCCGUACGUCGACACCCCUCUCGUCACGCCCAACGGGUCCUUGAACUGGGGUUUCAAAGAUACCAGCUCAAUCCCCGCUUCUCAGCUGGACACAGCGUCGCAGGCGACUAUCCCAGAUCUUAUUUCGAUGGCGCAACUGGGACUUGCGCGUCUCGUCGAUCUACAGAAGGACGACAUGGAUAUUGAACCUGUCGCCGUCUCUGUUCCCAACUCGCCGACUCCCGCCUCAGUCACUGCUCCUCGUCUCGCGUCACCUUGCCCGAUCAGAGCCCCCUCACCUCCAAUUCCUUCUUCCCCUCCUGCGACACCUCCUGCUACUAUUCCCAGUUCUUCUGCUGAGGUCUCCCCGCGGUACUGUUUGCGUAAACGU